AUGCUAAUACAUCAGGACAGGUCGAGAUCGCCUGUGAGAAACAGAGAUCGGUCGCCCGGUACGAACUCCAGAAAGGACUAUGAAGCUCCUCGUGGCCAGGACAGAAGGGGUGGUUACGCUAGAAGACAAAGAGAUCGUGGAAGUGAACGCUCUUUCAAGGACAGAAUCGGACGCAGAGAUGGUGGCGGUCGUGACAGAGGUCGUAGAGGUGACCGUCGUGACAGAGGAGAGAGACCUCCAAAGAGAGGUUACAUUUCCCCUGAGGAUGCUUCUACUGUGCCAGGAAAUGAGGAUGAGCGUAGUCUUGUCGAGCGCAACUACGACAGAUCCAUCUUCAUAGGCAACAUUCCGUUUGAAGCAACCGCUAGAGAGGUGAAUGAGAUCUUUAACAAUGACUUUGAAGUCGUAAGGGCAGACAUUGUUACCAGACGUGGUCUCUCUCGCGGAAUGGCUACUGUGGAGUUCAGCACCGUUGAGGAUGUCGAGAGAGCUAUUGAGAAGUUCGACCGCACUCAAUACCAGAACAGAGAGAUCUUUGUCAGACAGGACUACCCUCCUCCAGAGGACAAGAGAGAGAAAAGCGAGUCUAGUCGAAGCACCGCUCCUCCCGCGGACGAGGAUCGUGAGCCUAAUCCUGAGGUUUUUGUCGGUAACUUACCCUACACUACUUCUUGGCAGACAUUGAAGGACGAGUUCAGAAGCGUGGGCACCAUUGUGCGUGCUGAUGUGCUUACUGAUCGUCAAGGUAAGUCUCGUGGCUAUGGUACUGUUGUCUUCAAGACCACUGAGGACGCUCAGGCCGCUAUUGACAAAUAUAACGGUUUCGACUUCGAAGGUCGUAACAUCGAUGUGCGUUUCGCCAGAGAGGCCAAGAAACCCGCUCAAAGCAGUGGCAAGAAGAACUCCCCAUUCACAGAGGGUGUUGUUGGGGAUGGCGAGACAUCUAGAACUAUCUUUGUUGCCAACUUGCCUUACAUCACAACGAAAGCUGACUUGUAUGAUCUUUUCGAGACCGUGGGCCAGGUCACCAAUGGCGAAAUUCAAUUAGAGUCUCGUGGUAGACCAUCUGGUAAUGCUGUGGUGGAGUUUGAAAAUGAGGAUCUCGCGGAACAGGCAAUCAAGAACUUGGAUGGUUACAACUAUGGUGGUCGUCCCUUGCAAAUCAGCUUUGCGCAGUAUCCAAGUGUUAACGAGUCGAACGAUGCUGAAAUGGCUGACUAG